AAUGCAAGGUCUGUUGAAUGUCGUGAAGGAAGCAGUUCCUCUGGAAGCUUCUUGAAGACAAACAACGUCUGUAGCGACCCUUUGCAGGCAGCGGAACCCCCCACCUGGCGACAGGUGCCUCUGCGGCCAAAAGCCACGUGUAUAAGAUACACCUGCAAAGGCGGCACAACCCCAGUGCCACGUUGUGAGUUGGAUAGUUGUGGAAAGAGUCAAAUGGCUCUCCUCAAGCGUAUUCAACAAGGGGCUGAAGGAUGCCCAGAAGGUACCCCAUUGUAUGGGAUCUGAUCUGGGGCCUCGGUACACAUGCUUUACAUGUGUUUAGUCGAGGUUAAAAAAACGUCUAGGCCCCCCGAACCACGGGGACGUGGUUUUCCUUUGAAAAACACGAUGAUAAUAUGGCCACAACCAUGGCCUCCUCCGAGGACGUCAUCAAGGAGUUCAUGCGCUUCAAGGUGCGCAUGGAGGGCUCCGUGAACGGCCACGAGUUCGAGAUCGAGGGCGAGGGCGAGGGCCGCCCCUACGAGGGCACCCAGACCGCCAAGCUGAAGGUGACCAAGGGCGGCCCCCUGCCCUUCGCCUGGGACAUCCUGUCCCCCCAGUUCCAGUACGGCUCCAAGGUGUACGUGAAGCACCCCGCCGACAUCCCCGACUACAAGAAGCUGUCCUUCCCCGAGGGCUUCAAGUGGGAGCGCGUGAUGAACUUCGAGGACGGCGGCGUGGUGACCGUGACCCAGGACUCCUCCCUGCAGGACGGCUCCUUCAUCUACAAGGUGAAGUUCAUCGGCGUGAACUUCCCCUCCGACGGCCCCGUAAUGCAGAAGAAGACUAUGGGCUGGGAGGCCUCCACCGAGCGCCUGUACCCCCGCGACGGCGUGCUGAAGGGCGAGAUCCACAAGGCCCUGAAGCUGAAGGACGGCGGCCACUACCUGGUGGAGUUCAAGUCUAUCUAUAUGGCCAAGAAGCCCGUGCAGCUGCCCGGCUACUACUACGUGGACUCCAAGCUGGACAUCACCUCCCACAACGAGGACUACACCAUCGUGGAGCAGUACGAGCGCGCCGAGGGCCGCCACCACCUGUUCCUGUAGCGGCCGCGACUCUAGAUCAUAAUCAGCCAUACCACAUUUGUAGAGGUUUUACU